AUGCUAUCAGUUCCAAUUUCGCCUCCAGCUUCGCCUGCAGAAAACAUAAAGUCCAAACCAAAUGUUAAGCUGAAUCAAGGCCACACAAGAACCGUGGUGCCCGUAAAUAGAACCACGGACAUCGACCGGGCUACUUUGACACUGGCCAAGGCUUUCCACGAGUCUCGAGCCAACGACUACCUUAUGAAAAAAUUCGCUAAUAUUUCGGUGCAUGAAAAAGUGUCGAAAAUGCGUAUCAACGCAGUUCUUCACUACUUCAACACCGAAUAUUCAGAUAAGGGCGGGGAGAUUGUUGAGGCCAACGAUUUCGACGCCGUGGCUGUCUGGACGGGUCCUGGCCAUCAUUUCGACCAGGAACUUACUAACGACCCAGAGUUCAACCGGAUCUUUUUCGACGAACUGCACGACAAGCGCGAAGAACUGCUACAGGACAUCGAUUGCUACUAUUUGUUCAUCAUCGGCAAAGAUCUGUCGCAGCCUCAGGUCCGUGGCUCGGUCAGAGCCAUCUUCGACCACUACAAGCAAAGAGCGGACGCCGAGGGCGUCGCUCUGGUCCUGGAGGCCAUCAACGAGCAUGCCAAGUCCGUUUACGAGUACUUUGGCUUUAAAAACUACUACACCUUCACUUACGGUGUGAAUGAAGUGGAUAGUGAGGGCAAUCCCGAUCCUCACGGUGAAGGCUUCACGGGUUAUUUGAUGUUAUAUUACAACGGCGACUUGCCAGGUGCAAGAGACGUGUAA